CCAGAACCAACCCUACAAUUUGCAACGCAUGCAAGUGCACAACUUUACGCCAAAGCGAGUGCGGCUUUCGUCAUCAUCCACACAACAACACCGCCCACCACAACCAGCGUCAGCAGCACACGAUGCGGCUGUUCAAGUCGGGAUCGACCGUGCCGGUGCUGAUGGCAACGGCCAUCGUCGGCCUGCUGCUGUACACGAUCCACCUGCACACCUCAUACCGGAAGGAUAUGCAGGAGCUGCAGGCGCCAGCAGCACACGGCCACGUGGAUCGCCAUCUGUUCUCGUCCAAGAAAUCAAAGAGAAGCGUCACCCGCAUCCCGGACGGCUACUUCCCCAUCUCUGUGGGCAGGUGCCAGGGCAUGAAGACCAAGGUGGAGCUGUGCCGCCUCAACAUCGAAGCGUACACGGCAGAGCCAUACAAGUACCCGAUGUUCAAGGACCUGCUGCGUGUGUCCAAUUGCAAGGGCAACACCAUGACGGUAACCCUCAACGAUCUUCGCUUCGGCAUUCCCGAGACGCUGGACCCAGCCGGGUUUGUGUUCCACGAGUCCCGCGUCGGCUCGACGCUGAUUGCCAACAUCUUGGCGGCCGAUCCAGACAACCUAGUCUUCUCGGAGUCGGCGCCCCCUCCCGCCAUCGCCCUUCACUGUCCCGCCCCGCUCCCAGAGAAGGCCGAGAUGAUGCGUGUUUUGCUGCGCGCCAUGUCCAACUCGGUGCGCCACAAGCGCCUCUUCUUCAAGUUCCAGUCCGUCAAUGCCAACGCAAUCCCGCUCUACACAGAGGCAUUCCCCGAGGUGCCGUGGAUGUUUGUGUACCGCGACCCCGUGGAGGUGAUGGCCUCGCACUUCAAGCAGAAGGUGCCGGCAGGUGCCAAGGUGCCGUGCCUCCGGGCGAAGAACAGCCCAACACCACUGCACCGCCGCUACAUCCGCAGCAAGAACCCGAGCGACGAGGAGUUUUGUGCUGCGCAUCUCGCAACGCUCUGUGACAGCGCCCUGCACGCGCUCGACUCGUCGCCCAACGGGAUUGCCGUCAACUACCACGACCUGCCCGACGUGCUCUACACCCGCGUGUUCCCCGUCCACUUUGGCUACACCCCAACGCCCUCCGUCAAGCGCAACAUGGUCAACGUUGCCCAGGAGUACUCAAAGGGCCGGGCUGGUGUGAAGAAGUUUUCCGACGAUUCAAAGACAAAGCAGGACCGUGCGAGCGAGCAGCUGCGCACAUUCGCCGAGUCGACCCUCCGCCCGCUGUACACGGAGCUUGAGGGCCACUACCACAAGUACAUGGACCAGGUCGACGUCACGCCACGCGUCCUCCCUGAACGCAAGCCCGUGGAGGGAUUUGGUGAGAUUCAGAUUGACAUGAAGCAGGGUGGUGCCAACGGCGGCGGCAUUGAGAACACGUUCUCGCGACUGCUGAACCAGCACCCGUACCCGAGUGACCGCCGCUACAUGGCACAGCUGGCGCAGCGCAACAAGAACUCGUUUGACGGCGAGCCAUACUACCCGGACGAGGCACUGAUCAAGCGCUACGAGCCGUAUCCGCCGCUGAAACCGCUGCCCACGUUCCUCAACGAAUGGCCCCCAGAUGAGCCUGAUGUCCCGGAUAUCCCCGGGAUUGAGCACGGCACGCUGGAGCGCUUUGAUUACCAGAACGAGACGCAGCGCAAGCGAGCAGAGUAUCUUCGCUGGCACGAGGUUCCGUUUGUGCUGCACAACGUGCCGAUGAUCAACGACGUUGCAGAGAAGUGGGGCAGUGACGAAUACCUCAUCAAGCGCUUUGGAAACACAAAGCACAGCGUCACCAAGUCAACCAGCAACCACUUUAUGUACUACAACCGCAGGGGCGCAAAGCAGCAGAAAAACUACAAGCCGCCCACGUCAAGUGCGACGAUGACGUUCAAACAAUGGCUGCAGAAGGCGUACGAGACAGACAAGGCCUCCCUCAACGACGACCACUACUAUCUCCAGCUCAAUUCCGUCGGCCCAAACUCGUGGAUUCGUGAGGAUUUCCCUGAAUGGGUUCCACAGCACAACUUCUUCCUCGUCGACCCUUCGCAGAACAGGGGCAUCAACUGCCGGUUCGGUGCACGCGGGAUCAUUGCCGAGGCGCACUACGACGGCGGCCGCAACUUUGUCACGAUUCUUCGCGGUGCAAAGCGCUACAUCCUCCUCCCGCCCGAGGAGUGCCCAAACCUCUACCUCUACCCGCGCGGCCACCCAGAGGCGCGCCACGCCAAGGCGGACUGGAGUGACCUCGAUCUCAACGAAUUCCCAAAGAUGAAGAACGCAAUGGCGGCGCAAGUCGUUCUUCGCGCCGGCGACGUCCUCUACAUCCCAAGCUACUGGUUCCACUACAUUGUGUCGACGGGGGUGAAUGCGCAGUGCAACACGCGCUCGGGCCUCUCGAUCCGCGGGCGAAAGGAAAUUGCAGACUGCGGUUUCUACUGAGCACGAGAGGCAAACUGUGAGGCGAAGGGACAUGUCUGCUGCGCAUUAUUGUUGGUUGGCCGAGGUGCCCAAAUACAUACAAUACAAGGUAGAAUACCGACCA